AUGACAAAGUACGUAUUCUUCACUUAUGGUAUUAUUGAAGGCUAUCAAAAGGGCAUAAUCGCUGCUUCUACGGCUCUACUCCUGCGAGCGCGGGGAUUGAAAGUGACAGCUGCUAAAAUUGAACCAUAUGUACAAUUAGAUGGGAAAAAUCUUGAUCCUGGAUACAUUUUUGUCACAAGAGACGGUUGUGCGGUAGUCGAAGAAAUAGGCAAUUAUGAACGAUUUGUCGAUGCGGGAGUGCCCGGAUCGCAUUACAUAACCAGUGGGCAAGUCUUUCACGGACUCGUUGAGAAAGAGCGUGCUGGAGGGUUCUUAGGACGAUCAGUGACGUUAGUUGGGGAUGGAACGGAUCGAAUGCAAGAACUCAUUGAGGCUGCUGCAAAAGGAGCAGAUGUCUGUAUAAUAGAGCUUGGGGCGGAAAUAGAUCCACCAGACGUUCAAACUUGGCUAGAGGCAAUAGAUGAAUUCCAGAACAGAGUUGGAGAAGACAACGUCGCAUUUAUUCACGUAGUUCCUCUUCUACAUUUGCCCGAUGAUAACCGCACUAUCAUUACGAAACCAGCUUUCGAUAGUCACCGAUCUAUUAUUACCAAUGGCAGCACACCCGACAUGAUUGCGUGUGUCUGCUCAAACGCUCUGACCGACGAGAUAAAAGAGAAAAUAUGUUUUCAACCAACAGAGGUUAUUGCAAUUAACCGCGUACCAACAAGUUACCAUUUCCCGAUGUUGCUUCAACGGCAGAAGGUUGCAGAAUUUUUAGCAAAUAAAUUGAAACUUGAUAAUAUUCAAGUUUCCGAAGAACAAAAAAGAAGUGGUGAACAAGUUAUACAAGCAUGGAAACGACUUAUUGCAAGCUAUGACAAUAGUUCACAAACGGUGACAAUCGCUCUGGUCAGUAAAUAUCAACAAAACCUUCAUAUAUCCGUAAACCAAUCGCUUGAGCAUGCUUGUGUAUAUUGCGGAUAUCAAUUGGCCAUAAAGUGGAUAGAUGGAAGCGAUCUCGAGCCUGAAGCAGAAACUGCAUUCCCAACAAGAUACCGUGACGCGUGGGAUUCCCUUGCGAAUGCAAACGGGGUAAUAGUUCCCGACGGUUUUGCUCACCAAGAUAUCGAGGGUACCAUAGCUGCCGUACGAUACGCUAGAGAGCAUGGUGUGCCGUUUUUAGGUAUCGGAUUAGGCUUCCAAGCUGCCGUCUUAGAAUUUGCACGCAAUGUGUGUAAAACUGCAGAAAUUGAUUCAAGUUCACAACAGAGCGUAUUUGUGAUUGAUAAGAAUACAGCCUGUGUGCAGAGUAUUUUGUUUUGUAAUGAACAUGAGGGGUUAAAGUCCAGAGAAGUCUACAGGAGUCGGCAAAUCACAGAGCGUUACCUUAAGCAGUACAAGAUAGACUCACCGGGAUUUCUACAAACAAUAGAGGAGAAUGGUAUGUUCGUUGUAGCCGGUGAUGAAUCUAAAACGCGUGUGGAUAUAGUUGAACUUAAAGAACAUCCAUUUUUCAUCGGAACACAGUUUCGUCCAGAGUAUGCGAGUCAACCACUCCACCCAGCACCCUUGUUUUUAGGGCUUAUUUUGGCAUCUGCUGGAUCAUCGGUGUUGAGGUGA